AUGCAUACUACCAAUGAUAUUCAGUUGGAAUUGGAAGAACCAUUUACAGUACAACUAGAGAAUCCAGUAUCUACUAAACAAAAUACUGUCUGUUUGAGAAUUCGACGAUUCUUCACUCUUGAUGUUUUACCAAAUGAAAAACAUUAUUAUCCACUGUUUAUUAUCAUUAUGUCUAUCAUACAUAUUUUCAUUCAUUUGACAACAUAUAUCAACAUCCGAUGGAGAGAUCAAGAUUUUAAACAUUCAUUGCAUGAUCUUUGGAGAUAUUAUAUUCCAUGUAUGCGACCACUACCUUACGCUAUUCGUAUGCAUAUCGUCAAUUGUACAUUAUCGACCCAAAAUGCCACAUGUUAUUAUGAUGACGAACUCAAACACAAGUGCUUUUCUUUUCUAUAUCCACAUCAGUUAUGGAGAAUGGUUACUUUUAAUCUAAUUCAUGCUAAUUGGUUGCACUUAUUAGUUAAUUUAUCAAAACAACUACUGUUUGGUAUUUUACUUGAACGGAAAUAUGGUUCAUUUCGAAUAGUUAUUGUUUACUGGCUUUCGAAUGUAGGUGCAAUUCUAUGUGCUAUGUUAGAAGAUAGUCGAAAAGGUGGUAUUGGAGCAUCCGGCGCAAUAUAUGGCCUGUUACUAUUUUUCACCGUAGAACGUCUUAAUGCAUUGAAAACAAAUAUCGAUCAUCGCCUUUUCAUAGUGAUGCAAUUAAUUCUAUUUGUUGUAUUUCCUAUGACCAUCGUCAUAUCUUUAGCGACUAUUCUUCGCAUUAAUGUGGGACAUGCAGCUCAUUUUGGUGGUGGUUUGGUAGGCUUUCUGUUUGGUAUUGGUAUGUUUGGUUGUCUAUGUCCAUGUCCAUCGAAUAAUAAUUAUUGUAACUUUCAAAUGGCAUGCCGAUGGAUAGCAUUUCUUUUUCUUUUUAUCUACUUUGUUUUUACUCUUACUAUGUUUUUUCCAAUGGACACUCCUGAAUGUGGAGUUGUUAGUACUACAAAUAUCUAUCAUCCAUUUUGGUUAUCAUUAUAA